AUGCGGUUCAACACGCCGGAAAUUGUCACAAUCGCCAUACUAAUUAGCGGGUUUCUAAUUAUACUCUAUAACUACAAGUUGUACAAUUUAGAAGAAAAUCGGCGAAGUGUUCAUUCUGCUAAUGAAAAAAAUUACGUGGCGAUUUGCGAUGCAGGAUCUAGUGGUACUCGAAUUUUUGUAUAUACCUACAAAAUUUUGUUAGACGGAGGAUUAAUUGAAAUUGACUCAUUGGUUGUUGAAAAUGAGCCUGUUGUUAAAAAAAUCUCGCCGGGGCUCAGCACGUUUGGAAACAAUAUAAGCGGAAUUAUUGAUUACAUGAAACCACUUAUUCAGUUUGCUGAGAGUUAUAUUCCGGAGGAAAAACUCGACGCGACCCAAUUUUUUCUAUUGGCCACCGCCGGUGUUCGAUUAUUGCCAGAAAAUGUUCAAUUUGAAAUCAUGGAGCACUUGCGGACAAAUCUGCCGGCGAUUUCGCGAUUUUCGGUAUAUUUCAUUCUCGUCAGACUUUUAUUUGAAGUUCAGAUUGCCGAUUCAAAUAUCAACGUGAUCGAUGGAAAAUGGGAAGGCAUUUAUAGUUGGAUUAGUGUCAAUUAUAUGCUUGGAUAUUUCAAUAAAGGUGCGCCGACGGUGGGAAUGAGUGAUAUGGGCGGAGCCAGCGUUCAAAUCACAUUUGAGCUACCCAAAAGUAUCGAAUUUUCAAGUGCUGAUGUGAUAAGCAUAAAUUUAAGUCCCUCGAAUGAGGAUCCGAAAUAUCGCUACCAAUUGUUUUCUACAACCUUUUUGGGGUAUGGAGCCAAUGAAGGAUAUAAAAUGUAUGAAGAAGCGAUUGGAAAUAAAACUGAGAGCGAUCCUUGCUUCCCUAAUGGGUACGCAAAAAAUGCUAGCGUUACAAAUGGCCAGAAAAAGGGAAAUGGGAAUUUUGAUGAAUGCGCAUCAAGACUGAAAACUGUUAUGGAAUUGAAGAAAUCUGAAGAAUGCUAUGCGAAUGAUUGUUAUAUGAAAAAGAUUAUAUCGCCCAAGGAGAAGUUUGAGAGGAAUCCGAAUCCUCUCGUCGACGAUCGAUCUUUUGAGUUGUUCUGCUUCAAAUCCGCAUGGGUGGCGACCGUAUUGCACGACGGAUUGAAAAUAUCAAAAGAAGCGAAUCAAUUUCAGACUGUACAAAAAAUAGCGGGUGUUGAAAUGCAGUGGGCACUUGGAGCAGUUGUAUAUAAUCUACGAAGUUUUGGAUAUGCUCCGAGAUCAAGUUCAAUGAUUCUCACGGGUAUUAUUUUGUUCCUUUCAAUGACCGUACUGGCCAUGACGUUCUUAAUUAUUCGGAAUCGAUUACCCGCGACGUAUCACAAAAUGCUUGGAAUGAGUCAUAGCUACUCACAGAAAGGCCUCUCCAGAAUUAUUUGA